AUGCAAUCCGAUACUCUUCAGCAACCUUACACGAUAUUACGCAUCAAGAGAAAGCGAAACGAGGAGCCCUUGGAUGCACUAGUUGUCGAAUCUGUCAGACGCAAGAAGUCACGCCCGGGGCUAGAUGUGUUUCGAUUCGCAGAGACGGUAGCGGAAGGUGAAUGGGACGAGAGACGAGCAAAGGAGGUGCAGGACCGCAUCUCUGCGCUCGCGCGCGAACGAAUGAACAACCCGGCCGCAAUUGCUAGUGAAGCCCGACCGCGGCCAGAUUCUACUAGACAGUACACCGUUAUCACCCAGGAGGAUCCGCAAGUGCUGCCGCGACUUCCCGUCGCACCACCCCAGGUGAUGUCUACGAAGGAGCUGGAGCGCCAGAAGCAGCAAAAGAUCAAUGACGAUUUCAAGCUCUAUGACGCUAUCCUUGCCUCGGACGCACCUCCUGUCCCGUCCGCACCCGAGGUCGAUGAGGAAAUGGAAAAGUUCCAGUCUUUGCUACAGGACUACCUGCAGGUUCAUGACAUCACACCAUUUUCUCCGCCACUCUCAGCCCUCGCUUCGUCCCGAGCACUGCCAGUACAGAUGCCUCCACCGUCUGCGCCGAGUGACGACCCAGACUACGUCUAUGAUGUGUUCUAUCACCGUGCUGGAGCACUGCUCGAAAAUGAGAACGUUACCAACAUCGGAACGCUAAUUGGCCUGCCUGCGUCUUUCGCCGACCCAAAUUCCUCUGAUUCUGAGUCUGAAGAGGAGGACGAAGCUGACGAAGACUCCAACGCGGAGGAAUAUUACAAAAACGACUAUCCCGAGGAAGAUAGCUACGAGGGCUCUAGUGACGAGUUUCACGAGCACUCUGAAGACGAUGACUUUGCGAGAGACGACGACCACGACGACCACGAGUGGAGGUGA